AGCCAGAUCCAAACUAUCACUUGAGGCUUCUCGUGGAGCAGAUUGCUCGAGUACCUGAGAGAUCCUUUCCUGAGAUGGAUCCUCAUAUCCAGGCCAUGGCCCAAACUGACUUCUCCUUUCCCUGUGAAACAGAGGAUACCCUUCGGAGCAUAAAGAAGCACAUAGAGGUCAUUGAGAAAACUUGUGCACAGUUUUCUCAAGAUAACCUUUAUGCUGCCAUACAAGUAGAGGAGGAGGAAGAAGAAGGUAAUCAUGAGGAUGUUGAGGAGCAUACAGAAGUUGUCACGGAAAGCUCCCAUGAUAAUCAUGAUCAAGUAUAUCCUCUAGUGGUAGAUCACAACUGUCACCAUUUCCGCUCUGAUAUGCUGGGCCCGAGCGAGGAGAUGCAAGAUGAUCUCAUUGAAGAAAUUACAUGGCGACUGCUCUCCAAUCUGUGCUAGAAGAAGAACGGCGAGAAAUGGCGAGGGAAGAAGUUGUGAAGGAUGAGGAAGAAAUCAAAGAAGAGGAAGUUCUUGAUCUUUUCCAAGGGGAGAGACCACAUUUUGAAGAAGGAAGGGGGGGGGGGGGGGUUGAGGAAGCAAUUGGCGUCCAGGAUGAGGAUGAAGUUGAGGUGGAAGAGGCUUGCACUGACCCUAUGUUACAUGUGAUAUCUCCACCAAACUUCGAGGAGCUGCUUACCGCAUCAACAUCAAUCCCUCUUGGUGGAUGCGACAGUGGUCAAUCGAUGAUAUCUUAUCUGGUUUGGGGAAAUGAGACAAGAGCAAACGCGAAGGAGAGGUCUCGAGAGUGGAGACUUCAUCUUCCUCAAGGCCAAGAGCCAUCUUCAUCACCUAUAACAUCACCUGGUUGUGACUUGAGACUCCACAUAAUCGACGAGAACCUCAACUUCAAGGAGGUUCUGGGGUGGACUAAAACUUAGGAGCCACCGUCCAGCUAAAGACAUAAAAAAAGUGCUUGUGG